ACAAAAAAAUAGGUUCAAGGUACAGUAUUUUCAUGACCAGAGAGCAAAUUUGCUGUUUGACAAUUUAUUGAAUUUGUAAACGUCUUGGGUCGCAAUUUGUGAAGUUAAUCUGCAACAGAGUGCAUUCGGUCGUCAAGAGACGUUUGUGAGGCGGUGUCAUUACAGAGGAGAAGCUACAACAGGAAAAACACAACAACACUGUCGCCAGGCACCUUUGGAACAUCAGUAUGGCAGAGCCACAGAGGGUGAGAGAUUUGCCUGAGGAUGUAGACACAGAUGACUGCAUGACUUCAUACACUCACAUUUACAGUCCAGAUUUACUCAAAGGCCAAGUGGCGUUCAUAACCGGAGGGGGAACUGGAAUUGGACUGCGUAUAGCUGAAGUGCUCAUGAGGCACGGCUGUGACACAGUGAUUGCCAGCAGAAACUUGGAAAAGCUGACAGAGGCUGCUAAGAAGCUGAUGGCAGCGACGGGACGCCGCUGUCUCCCUCUGACCAUUGAUGUGCGACAGCCCCAGACCAUCUCCGCUGCCGUGGACGAGACGCUGAAAGAGCUGGGCAGGAUUGAUAUCCUCAUUAAUAAUGCUGCUGGAAACUUCCUGUGCCCUGCAAUCUCCCUCUCCUUCAAUGCCUUCAAGACAGUCCUGGAAAUUGACACCAUGGGUACAUUUAACACCAGCAAGGUGGUCUAUGAGAAGUGGUUCAAGGACCACGGGGGUGCCAUUGUAAACAUCUCUGCCACCCUCGGCUACAGGGGUCAGGCUCUCCAGGUGCAUGCUGGCUCUGCCAAGGCUGCCAACGAUGCCAUGACCAAGCACCUGGCUGUUGAAUGGGGACCAAGUGGGGUAAGGGUUAACACCCUGGCACCAGGUCCUAUUUCUGGGACAGAGGGCUUCCAUAGACUGGGUGGCAACAUAGCAGACAGCAUGGGCGCCUUCUCAUCCAUUCCGCUGCAGCGGGCAGGCAACAAGACUGAGAUGGCCCACAGCGUGCUGUUCCUGGCCAGCCGCGCCUCCUCCUAUGUGACAGGCCACAUCAUGGUGGCUGACGGCGGGAGCUGGCUCACCUCAGCCAAUGACGUGUCCAUGCUGCUCGGCUAUUGGUCAGCUGAACUGAAGAGGGACAAGUAGAUGGUGAAGAAGAAGUGGCAGAUUUAGAAUAAUCUGCUAAAUAUAAAUCAAUGGAUUUGCCAUGUAUGAUCUUUGAGACUGGAAUGCUACCAUAGCUGAUAGUGGUUAAGUGGACAAUAGGAGGUAAACACAAAUAUUGACUGGAAAUUAUUAACCUAAAAAGACACAUCACAGCCACAUGUUGAAAACGGGAUAGAUUGGCCCAAUCAUGUUUCAAGCGUUGGAUAAUGAGUUAAUCCACACCAUUUAAAAAAAUUGUAAUUACUAAAUACAAUAACUACUUUGGAUUAAGAAUCAAUAUGUUGAUGAACGUGAUUAGUAAAAUCGACCUUCUGUAGUUGUUGAAUCAUGUAGGCUAGUUAUUGAAAUUACAAUUUCCAUACACAAUGUCCAGAAAUGUUCCUAAUAAACCUUCACAUAAUGACA